CGGAGAAGAGGAUGACAAUUCAUUGAUUAACUUCGGAUCAAAAGUCGCAAAAUGGAACCUCGCUUCAGGAGACGAGCUGAUGGCAGCCUGAAUUUGACUGAUACAAUGGAAGCGGCAAAGGUGAAGGAGGCCAACAAAGGAAAGCCCUACGCAAGACCCCUGUCCCCUGACAUAGUGCUGGACAAGGCCAAGAAAAGCUUAAGUCAGCACCAUGGAGAUCCAGCUAACAGAAAGCACCUGCUGGGUUUCUUUGAAAUCCAGUUUGGUGUAUUUCGAGGGCAAACAUUCAAGUGGGUGGCUGAAAAUGCCCUGGGGUAUGCAGCUUACCUGGUGGCAGCUAUGAAGAGGGACCCCACAGGAGGCAGCAAAGACUCCCAAGAACAUGCCCACAACAAAGAGAGUUUUAGGGAGUAUGUUGAGCUCUUUCCUUCUGGCAGAAUUGCCAUUGCCAUGAAGGAAGAGCAAUAUGCUGGGAAAGAUCUCCAGCACGCUGCCUCGACCCAGCACGCUACCACCACCCAGCACGCUACACCACCCAGCACGCUACAUCACAUCCCACACGCUACCACCACCCAGCACGCUACCAUCACAUCCCAGCACGCUACCACCACCCAGCAUGCUGCCUCCACCCAGCACGCUACCAUCACAUCCCAGCACGCUGCCUCUACCCAGCACGCUACCACCACCCAUACUUCUACUGCCCAUCUCCGCUCCCUCUUGUUUAGGAAGUUGCCUAACCAGAAAAACCUGACCAAGACCAUUGAAAGGCUGGUUUCCCCCGUCAAAUCCACACCUUCGUUGGCCAAGGCACGUACGCGUCCCUCAGCCACCCUCACUCGCCCGACUGUGUCCAUUGAGGCAGCCACAGGGACCUCAGCCACCCUCACUCGCCCGACUGUGUCCAUUGAGGCAGCCACAGGGACCUCAGCCACCCUCACUCGCCCGACUGUGUCCAUUGAGGCAGCCACAGGGACUUCAGCCACCCUCACUUGUCCGACUGUAUCCACUGAGAUAGAUGACAGCACACUGCUGGCAGAGGCAACUAAGUUUGAGAUGGCACAUCUGUCAUCACAACGAGUCUGUCUUCCAUCUGGAUGGAUACACACUCUGCCUGAAGUGGAUCAGAGAUGGAUUUCCAAGGCUCUGUUCAGGUGGACAGCACAGGGCCACCCUGAGCUGAUCUUCAGCAGGGUGGACAAACUUUGGUGGUAUCCUCCACAGGUUCCACUGAAGACCAGUAAUUGCCCUCCCUUAGAGAAUUACUUUGGCCAUCCCCUGCUGCUCUGGAUGCCACGAAAACUGUGGCAAGUGAAGCUGACCUGUCCACAUCCAGACUGUCAGAAAGACCUUCUGACUUCAGCUGGCUUGCAUCAAAAGAUCAGGCAGGUGAUUGCCUUGGGUAAGACAUACUUUGUGGCAUCUGAGUACCUGGCCUGCCGAAGAUGCAAGAGGAAGGUCAUCAGCUGGAGCCAUGAUAUCGUCUCCCAGCUCGACAUUGGCCACAGGGUGCAGUUCCCUUGCAUUCUUACAUCAAAACUUGCAUGUGACAUGGAGGUAGUAUGUUUGAUGCGUCAGCGAGGGCUGGGAAACAGCAGCAGCCAGAUCCAGCGCAAGCUGCAGGAACGUCAUACUGAGGUGUGGUUGCAAAAGACAGUCCAGUAUCUGACAUUGCAGGAUUGCAAGGGCUGCUGGAUGAGAUCAAAGCGCACUAUCACAUCUCAAUAUGGUCGGAUCUUAAAAAUGGAUUCAACAAAAAAAGUGGCCAGAAAACUAGCGGGACGGAGCUAUGGCACUGCUACCUGGGCGACCAAUGUUGGCAAUGAGCACGGACAGGUGAUCAUGUCCGUGCUCACAGCCAGUGAAGGUUUUGGUCUCGGGCCAAUGAUUGAAGGCCUCAUCAAGCGAUACAGAGUGGCUGGGGUGGCUCCUCCCGAGAUACUGUAUGUCGACCGAGACUGCUGUGGCAACACUCUUCUGAGGAGAAUGUUUGAAGAGUGGGAGCGAAUGAUCAUCCGUUUAGAUGUAUGGCACUUCAUGAGGAGGUUUGCUGUGGGUUGCACCACUGACUCUCAUCAGUUGUAUGCCACAUUUAUGAGUCGCCUCAGCCACUGUAUUUUCAUGUGGGACCAGGUUGACCUGGCGGCCCUGAAGAAGGCAAAGCAUGCAGAGCUAGAGGCUAACUGGAAACCUACAUCCGAGGCUGAUGUGUUGCGCAGUAUCAGCCGUAACGAGCUAGCCCUACAUUGCAGGAGAACCACUCGCGGGACCAAGGAGACCCUGGCGCUGAUUGAAAGCCUUAUUCAGGCCUUUGAUGGAGAUGCUGGUCGUGACACUAUGGGAGUCCCACUAAUAAACUCAGCCCGGAUGAGAGAGAUCUUGAAGUCCCAGCGGAAGCAUGUGGCCUGCAUCCAGGAUCCUGUAGGUGUGCAGCUCUACGUGCAGACGGGCACUGUAGUGAAGGGAGGGCACCGUCUGCCAACCUACCGCUGUGCCAGAGGCUCCACUUCGCUUGAGUCAUUUCACCUGCACCUUAACAGAUUCAUCCCAGGUACGCUGGCGAGUGACACCUUCUUCCAGGCAUAUCUUUUGGAUGGACUUGCAAGGUGGAAUGAGGACCGGGCUGUGGCAGCAACAACGGAUGAGCAGCAGCCCCAUUCCUACAAUCAUCUUCUGCGUCAUGCUGUCAACACUCUUGCAGAGGAGGUUAUGGGCAAGAAAAUCAUCCCUUAUGUUGGGCCAAGAAAGUACACUGGUGAGCUUAUUGGAGUGGAAUAUCUUUACCAGCAAACUGGUAAAGUUCUGCAAGACUACAAGUUGGCCAUUGAAGAGUCCGAGACCACUGAGGUUGGUAUAGAAGUGGAUGAAGGUUAUGCUGAACUUGAGGAGUUUCAGGACAUCACUGUCCCUACCCUUGACACAGAACGGACACCUGUUGCCUCUUCACAAGCAUCAGUGUCUGCAGCAUCAUCUCCAACCCCUCCUGUCACCAGCUCCAUUUCACCAUUGUCUGUGGUUCCUCCAUCACCAACCCCUCCUGUCACCAGGUCCAUUUCUCCAUUGUCUGUGGUUUCUCCAUCACCAACCCCUCCUGUCACCAGCUCCAUUUCACCAUUGUCUGCGGUUCCUCCAUCACCAUCCACAUCUGUCACCUGCUCCAUUUCACCAUUGUCUGUGGUCCCUCCAUCUCCUGUCACUAGCCCACUGCACAGUCAUUUAAAGCCAGGACUCUUUCCUGGAGCACAUAGCUUGGACCAGUCAUCAGCAGAAACUUCUGAACAUCUGACAUCUGAAGAGAACACUUCACAUGAUGAUUCUGUUGGACCAGAUAAUAUUGGGGGGUAUGGAGCCGUGCAGGACUUGGCUGAGUUCUUGGUUAGCCUCAGAGACCACCGUCUGGCCUUGACUGGUGAAGAGUGCGCCAAGAUCAUCACCCUAUGGCAAGCAUUGGUGGAGUAUGACAAGAGGAAGACAAUUUAUCCACCACGUCACCAAACCUCCUUAAAACAGGGACGAUUCAGAGCCACAAAGAAGAUUGUGGCACCAGGUGUGGAGAGCACCAAAAGGUGUUUCGUUGGGGCUCAUAGUCCUGCACAGUGGCCUAGCUGCAACCGAGUGGUGGAGGCCAUCUUCACAAGGCUCUGUGCCCUCUAUCCAAACGUGGUGCGGUGUGAUGGAGUGAGGGUGUCCCGCUUCACAAUGGUGGUGCGUGCUUACAAGCACAUCCGAGAGUGCAUCCUCUCUAAUGCUAAGGUGAUGAGCGAGACCACCAUCCAGCUCCCGGAAGUAAACAGUGCAACAGUGACACAAUGGUACAGCAGGCGUUGUAAGUCACAGGAGCAGGAGAUAUUGAAACAGGGUAUCCAAGCCCCUGAAGCACCCAUGGCAGGACCUGAGAACCUUCCUGCUGCUUUGCAGAAAAGACCGACUCUCUGUUCCGGCAAUUUGUCAGAGCCACACAUUUUUAUCCUGCCACCAAAUACUGCUGGGGAGGCUAAACUCAAAGGGAGGUCGCAACCUCAGCAACCUCAGGCCAUCUUCCAGGCUCCACCAUCACACCAAGGACUUCCUGUCCCUAUUGCACCAGCACCACCUGUCUCUCUCCCUUUCAUUUUACCACCUGUGCAGCCUCCUACAGUGCCUGGUACCUCACAGGUGAUGUUCUUCUUACCUUCAGCUAUGACACCAUCAGCUCAAACACAGACAUCCAGUCAAUCGGUUCCUUACUCCACACAGCAAUAUAGGAAGAGAAAACAGAAGAGGGAGAGCGCUGGAACAGUGACAAGAAAGUAUGUGAGAAAGACAGACGUCAUUCUUUGCAAAAAGUGCAAUAAGGAGAGAAAGCCACCAACACAUCUCCAGUACUUUGGGAACUGGUACUGCGAAGAGUCUGAGACUCAAUCAUAUGAUGAAUGGAGGGCUGUGCUGAUGGAACGAGCUGUGCCCACCAGCCCAUCCUAUGUUCCUCCGUACUUUCCUAUCGUCUUAGGCUCUCUUCCCACUGCUACAAAUACAAGUCCCUCUGUGACACCUGCCAUGACUCCAGCAGCACCACAGAAAGAGCUGGUUGUGGAUGAGCGCAGUAUCCCAGGGAUGGACAGAGUGGACAGCCUGGCAGAGUACUUGGUGGGACUGAGGAAUGAAACUGGACAAACCCUUAACUCCCAGCAGGCCAGUACCAUCAUAGCUCUGUGGCAGAACCUUCUACCAUAUGACCAGCAGCGUGUGGAAUACCCUGCACGGUACAAGUCGCGCCUGACAACAGGACGCUUCAGGUGCUCUAAGAAGAAACCUGAAUUUACGCCAGGUGUGGAGAGCAUGACACGUUGCGUCCUAGGAUCGACAGGAUCCCCUGCCCAGUGGCCAGACUGUUGUCGUCUGGUAGAGUGCAUUUUUGUUAAACUUUGUGACAUCCAUAAAUGUCCAAAAAAACAGGGUACAUAUGCACUUACUAGAUGGACUCUAAUUCUCAGAGACUACAGCAGGAUCAGACAGCAAGUCCUGGGUAAUGGUGCAGUCAUGCAGAGCACUACUUUGCAGUUAUUUGAUGUUAAUCAAACAACUCUAGUUCAAUGGCACAACAAGCGACUGAAGAGGCAGGAAUGUAAUAUUCUACUACAAGGGGUCAACUUGCCUGCCUCCAUUCCUGUUGCUCCCGUACCUCUCCCACCAGUACAGGUACGGCCCACUGUUGCACCAUCACAGCCUGGCCCUCAACAUCAAUACCACUUGCCUCAAAGUACAGCAGGACAAGCAGUGGUCAAGAGGAAGUCUGCAGCUCCGGCCCAACGCACACAUUCUCUCCAGUCUGUCUGCCCAAGGUUGCCAGCUGAGAGGCUGUUGUUCCCACAGCAUACAUCUCCACCUACCCCUGCCCCUUUGCCUACUGUCUUCUGCCCCAGGACUGCCAGUAACCCUCUCGUGUAUGUGUUUUCGACCCCACAAGCCAAUGCAUCGAAACGGAUUACACCUGCUGGCACGCUUUCCUCCACACCACCUGCCCGGAGGACCUACUAUCGGAAAAUUGAAAAAAAUAAAUGCAGUCAGUGCCAACAGCCCCGCAACAAAGAAAGUGGCCACAGCCAGUAUUAUGGGUCCAUAUACUGUCCCCAAAAUGCUGGUGUUUCACUUGACCAGUGGAUGGAGGAGAUGCGGAGGAAGAGGGCAGUUAAGAAAUAA